AUGCGGCGUCUCCCGAGGAGCAGCGCCGGGAUCCGAGGAGCAGCUUCCCACGCUCGGCGCCGCACCCGCAGCCCGAAGCAGCAGCACACGGUAGACCCCGUCUGGGCGCGCAGGCCCCGCCCACCUCCGCCCGAGGCCCCGCCCCUCUCCGCCGCGGCCUCCCAUUGGCGGACCCGCGCGUCAGCUCCGCGCGCGACCGCAGCGCGCGGCCGGCAUGGCGGCGCAAAGAAGCCCCCCGCGGGAAGUGACCAGGUUCACGCCUGGACACUGGUCACCAGCCACGCGUUGGAUACUGCGUGGAAGAUAGCCAAGGGCUCAGUGACACUGGCAGCGUCAUUCCUGGUGGCCGCCCUCUGCUACGUGAGGCGGGUGCACUCCUAUUUAGGGCACUGGCUGAAAUGGUGGAUCGGAUAUCUGGAGAGAAAAUUCAAAAGGAACCUCAGCGUGGAGGCGGAGGUCGAUCUCCUCAGUUACUGUGCAAGAGAGUGGAAGGGAGAGACACCGCGUGCGAAGCUGAUGCGGAAGGCUUACGAGGAGCUGUUUUGGCGGCAUCACAUCAAAUGUGUCCGACAAGUAAAGAGAGAUAACUAUGAUGCGCUGAGGUCAGUGCUGUUUCAGAUAUUCAGCCAGGGCCUCUCCUUUCCAUCGUGGAUGAAGGAAAAAGACAUUGUGAAGCUUCCUGAAAAACUGCUCUUUUCACAAGGUUGUAAUUGGAUCCAGCAGUAAAGUUUUGGUCCUGAGAAGUAUACAGGUUCCAACGUGUUUGGAAAAUUACGUAAAUGUGUGGAAUUAUUGAAAACGCAGUGGACUGAAUUUAGUGGAAUUAAAGAUUAUCACAAGAGGGGAAGUAUGUGCAACAUCCUUUUCUCUGAUGCUAUUCUGGAAUACAAACUUUAUGAAGCUUUAAAGUUCAUCAUGCUAUAUCAAGUCACCGAGGUUUACGAACAAAUGAAGACGCAAAAGGUCAUUCCCAGUCUUUUCCGACUCCUGUUUUCCCGGGAAACAUCAUCCGACCCUCUGAGCUUCAUGAUGAACCACCUGAAUUCUGUGGGUGACACGUGUGGACUGGAGCAGAUCGAUAUGUUUAUUCUUGGACACUCCCUUGAAAUAAAGAUAAAAGUGUUCAGACUGUUCAAGUUUAACUCCAGAGACUUUGAGGUGUGCUACCCAGACCUGCCGCUCAGGGAGUGGCCCGAGAUCUCCCUGCUGACAGAGAAUGACCGCCACUACCACAUUCCCGUCUUUUAAGUCUGGCACGGACUGGGCACCGGCCCUUGCCAUUCACGGCGCUCACACUUUCAAGCCAAGUCCAGUUGGAGAAUCAAAGCUGGUGUAACCAUCGAAGGGAUUUGGACUUUCUUCUCUGGAACUGCAGGGGCCCGGAGCACAGAGGUGCGCGGACGGCAUGCCUUUGUUUUCCAGGAAUUUCCUCCAGACCAACCUACGUGUGGCUGGUGACUGGCUUGACCUUGUUCAUACCACCUCUAGUCAUUUCACAUGCCACACGCCUUUAAAGGCACCAGGACGGUGAAUCUGGGCAGUUCAACAACCGGAAGAAACCGAGAGGAGAAAAGGACUAACCAGGAAAGAAUUUGUCUCUAACCUUGAUGUUUCCAUUAGGAACCUUGUCUUUGACUGAUUUGGGAUCAUUAUAAACGUGGCCUUAUUUUAUAAGCA